UAAAACAAAGUUGGAAACAAAAAAUGUAACCAACCUAUUUCUGAAUCAAAUAACGUCUCAUUAUUAAUUAACAUUACAAAUUAACAACUAAACUAACUAUGCUCUAUUCCAGGGAUCAGUGUCUAAAUCCUCACUAUUCAUAUUGCUCCGUUUAAGCUUACCGCGGUUUAAUAUUAUUGAAAAUUACUUUCUUUAGUAUUAGUGAUUCUUAAAAUGUCCUAACAUAAAACUUAAUCGCAAGUAAUUGUUAAUUGCGUAUACGCCUGCUGGAGCCAGAAUUAAUUCCAAGAGAUUGAAAUAGAAAAGGUUUCGUCCGUAAUAAAUGAAAGAAAAUAAACAUAAAAUUUAAUUUACAUAAUUUUGCGAUUAAUGUUCUUUCUAGUUCAUGUAGAUUUAAGAGAAGUAACAAUUGAUUGAGUUGGAAAUGGAGGCGUAUAAGGACUAUGUAGCAGGUCUUAUGGCCGGAAUUGCAACUGUCAUUACUGGUCACCCUUUUGAUACCGUCAAGGUGAAGCUCCAGAAGUACAACACUGAAGCAGGUGGAGUGAAGUACAAGAAUGGUUUGCAUUGUGCUACUAGGAUAUUACAGACGGAAGGAGUUAAAGGGCUUUAUCGAGGAGCUACAUCUUCCUUUGUCGGCAUGGCCUUUGAAAGCUCACUUUCUUUUGGCAUUUAUUCCCAAACAAAACGGUUUCUGCAGGGAGAAGUAGAUGGUGGUAAGCCCCAGCCUCAUGCAAUAGUCCCUUCAGCAGCUUUUGGAGGAGCUAUUAUCAGCUUCAUACUAUGCCCGUCAGAACUGGUGAAGGUAAGUGAUGCUAGAAUUCUUAGCUUCCCGCUUUACUUGGAGUACAAUCUUUGUAAUGUUGUUUUCCAGUGUAGGAUGCAAGUUCAGGGCACUGAUUUUAUGGUACCGAAGUCCACUAGAUUCACCGGGCCCCUUGAGUGUGCCCUCAAAACAGUUCAACAAGAAGGGCUUACAGGUAUGUUUCGAGGAGGCUUCGCAACCUUGCUGAGAGAAUCUGUGGGCAAUGCUGUCUUCUUUAGUACAUAUGAAUAUACACGAUAUUUCAUGCAUCUACAACUAAAAGGUGCUUCAUCUGAUUCGAACCAAUUGAUUGAUGUUGGAGUUGGAAUAAUGAGUGGUGGUCUUGGUGGUAUAGCAUUCUGGUCUGCUGUUCUGCCAGUGGAUGUAGCAAAGACGAUAAUUCAAACUACCCCAGAGAACAACCACCCGAGGAAUCCCUUCUCGGUUCUAAAAUUGAUUUACAGGAGAUCUGGACUUAGAGGAUGCUAUACAGGUUUAGGUCCUACACUGGUAAAGAGCUUUUCCUGCUAAUGCAGCAGCUAUUGUCGCAUGGGAGCUGUCUGCCAAGCUGUUGGGGAUCAGGCGUGACCAAUAAUUAUUUUUUGAUGCUGCUUAUUGUUCUGCUUGCUGCUGUUUUAAAGCUUUAGUGGCUCUUGACAAGGUUAUCACAUGAUUCUUUUGUCAUGACAUUGCUGCACUACUAAUACUCUGGCGCAACACUUCUGAUUUCUUUUAGUGAUUAAUUUAUUUUUAUCAGUCUUUUAGUGAUAUUCAUUUAUCAUCUGUAAUUCUGAGAUUUAUGGUUCUGUCUGUGGUGUUCCUCUCUUCAAAGAAUCAAACAAUUAGUUUCUUAGCUA